AUGGGUGUGGAGCCCGUUAUUAUGUCUGCUGGUGAACUAGAAUCUGAAAAAGCAGGUGAACCAGGGAGGCUAAUACGUGAUCGAUACAGGACUGCCUCCCAAGUAAUCCAAAACCAAGGGAAAAUGAGUUGCUUGAUGAUCAACGAUCUAGAUGCUGGUGUUGGAAGAUUUGGAAACACGCAGAUGACAGUCAAUAAUCAAAUAGCUGUCGGAACUUUGAUGAACUUGGCAGAUAAUCCUAACAGGGUGAGCAUCGGCCAGAAAUGGAGAGAAUCUGAUGUUACACACAGAGUGCCAAUAAUAGUUACUGGAAAUGAUUUUUCAACUCUAUAUGCACCCUUAAUUCGUGAUGGCAGAAUGGAAAAAUUCUACUGGCAGCCCACCCGUGAAGAUAUAAUUAGUAUUGUUCAUGGCAUGUAUAGAAAGGAUGGAUUAUCUGUUGAAGAAGUAGCAAGAGUUGUAGACGCAUUUCCAAACCAAGUGGGUGAAGAAAUUGGUGGACAUGAACAGCUAAGUGUAAAGCUUCUUAAGCGAAAGAAAGGAGAGGAGCUUCCAACAUUUAUACCACCAAAGGCGGAUAUUAAAAUUGACCCGUGGAGCUCCAUCGGGCUCCGGAAAUUUCAGCCCACGAAGCCCACCUAG